AAAGAGCCGACUUGCCCCUUCCCCUGUCUUUUGUAAAUGCGAGGCCUGAUGGUUUCUCGACUCGCCAGCUUCGGUUUCCCGCCGCAAUUCUCUCUCCUCCUUCCUCCUCCCGUAGGCUGGUCUUUUGUUGCCCUUGCCAGCCUCUUCGCCUUGUCCUUGAAGGAGGGCGGAAGAAACAGGAGUCUCUCAAGGGAACCGUCGAAGUGUGCUCUAGCCCAACGGGAAUUUUGGCCCGGGUGGCAAAUACCUUUUUUUUUUUAAAGACGCCUGUUCGCUGCUGUGGCUUAAUGCGGCUACGUCGCCUGAAGUUGAAAAGAACUAGCCAUGACUUCUGUUUCUGAAAAAGAUGAUGUGCAAUCUGCUGAGCAAAUAGAAGAGAGAGAACCUAAAACUGAAAAUAGUGAUGAGGAGGAAGAGGAGGAGGAAGAAGAGAAAGAAAAGAGUCUCAUUGUUGAAGGAAAAAGAGAGAAGAAGAAAGUAGAAAGAUUGACCAUGCAGGUGUCCUCGUUACAAAAGGAGCCUUUUACAAUUACUCCAGGAAAGGGACAAAAGCUCUGUGAAAUUGAAAGGAUACAGUACUUCUUAAGUAAGAAGAAAACAGAUGAGCUUCGAAAUCUGCACAAACUUCUCUAUAAUAGACCAGGCACAGUUGCUUCAUUGAAGAAGAAUGUGGGCCAGUUCAGCGGGUACCCAUUUGAAAAAGGAAGUGACCAGUACAAGAAAAAGGAGGAAAUGUUAAAAAAAUACAGAAAUGCAAUGCUGAAAAGUAUAUGUGAAGUUCUUGAUUUGGAAAGAUCAGGAGUUAAUAGUGAACUGAUAGCCAGAAUCUUAAACUUCUUAAUGCAUCCAAAACCUUCUGGCAAGCCAUUACCAAAAUCCAAGAAAACACCCAAUAAAGGUGGUAAAAAAGAACGCAGUAGUUCUGGAACAGCAAGAAAAGCAAAACGCACCAAAUGUCCUGAGAUCCUGUCAGAUGAAUCUAGUAGUGAGGAAGAUGAAAAGAAGGAAAAAGAUGAAUCAUCUGAAGAAGAUAAAGAAAGUGAAGAGGAGCGACCUAAAAAACCAAUCAAAAAAGAAAAACCUAAACAGAAGACAACUCAAAAAAGCAAAAAGGGCACAAAGAAUGCUAAUGUCAAGAAAGCAGAUAGCAGUACUACUAAGAAGAAUCAGAACAGUUCCAAAAAAGAAAGUGAGUCUGAGGAUAGUUCAGAUGAUGAACCUUUAAUUAAAAAGUUGAAAAAGCCACCUACAGAUGAAGAACUGAAGGAAACUGUGAAGAAACUAUUAGCUAAAGCUAAUUUAGAGGAAGUUACCAUGAAGCAGAUUUAUAAAGAGGUAUAUGAAAACUAUCCCAGUUAUGACUUGUCUGACAGGAAAGACUUCAUCAAAAAGACAGUGGAAGAGCUCAUUUCAUGAUCUGAUGGGAAGAAAGUGAAGACUGGAGAUUUAUUCCCAUGGAUUUAAAUAUUUUAUAAACACCAGCAAAAAUGUUAAUUUUUCUGCCCUUUUUCUAUAACGUAGUGUUUAGUCAGGGAAGAUUAUAUGGACUUAAUGUUCUGAGUGGUAAUUAAAAUUGCUUUAACUUUUUAAAAAUUGUGUUUAAUGCCGUUCUUAGGUUUCUGCAUGGUGAUGAUGUUCCCUGCUUUUACUUUGUACAUCAUGAAAUUUAUUUCUACAUGUAGAUCUGGCAUAACUGUUGUAUUUUUAGUGCAUUGUAAAGUAGAGAAUUUUUAAAAUCAAGUAAUAUGAAAACUGUUUAUCAGCACAUAUGCAUGCAGAGAUUGUCAAAAUAUUGCAGUAUUGGGCAUUGCAUUUAUUUUGGAUACAUAUCCAGUGUCUAGAUUAGGAAUAAAUCACAUUUCCUGACUACAUAUGUUCCAAAUUAUAUUGCAUGUGUAUACAUCUGAGAACUGUCAAAGCACAGUAAUUGGCAAACAGAUGUUAUUUUUGUACUUUUAAGACCUUUCCGUUGUAUAUAAGCUUGAUUCAGAUUUCUUGACAAAACAUUUUAAAAAUAAGUGUGUUAGAGACUUUACGACCAAUGUCAGUGUUCAAGAAUAGGCUGAGAUUAAUUAGGAUGCAACUGUAACUACCAUAUAAAAGUUUUCUUGCCUUGAAAGGAAAUUCUAAUUGCACUCAUAUUUUUUCAGUGUUGAAAUUGGUAGUGGGGAUUAUAGCUGACUUCGUUCUAAAUGUUUGACAUAACACCCUGUAUGCAGAACCUUAAUGUAUAGGAAAAACAUACGGCUUUGACUAAGGUAAAUCAUAAGCUUCGUUGAAGUGAUUAAAAUUUAAGAUGAUCAUGUUAAAUGGGCAUGUAAUCCACAGUUCCUGAAUCAAUGCAGUACAACUAGUAAAUAAUUCCUGGAAAAACAAGUCCCAUUAUGUAGAAAUACCUUUAGUAUGGACCCUUACUAUCUUGGUAGCACCAGCUGGACAUUUCAGUAUUGUUGUCCAGAAUGAGGAUAUGCUAUAAAUAAGAUAAAUGCUUGACUGUGUUGCCUGUAGUGUUAACCUAAGUCUGUUUUUAUUAAAUACUCUUUUUCUAAAUUAAAACCUCCCUUCUACAAACAUUCACUGAAGUCUCAAUCCCCAGAUAGUUCCUUCCAACUUUGUUAGUAUGAAAAGGUACAUAACAUGAUCAUGAAUGCCAAACAAAUGUGUGUCAUAAUGUAAAAUGUAACCUAUCCAUGACUGUAUUGAUUACAAGUACCGCUGGUUUUAAAUAUUGUAGUAAUGUGUAGUUGAGGAAUCAAAGCAUAGAUUGCAUUCUGAAAAUAUUAAGCUAGUUAGUAAGCUGAUAGAUCUUUACCAUUUUUACCACUUUCUGUGCAUGCAAUUCUUUAUAUUAAGGCAAAUGUAACUAAGUUUUGUAUUCAAUAAAUGUCAUUAAGGAAAAUGUAUAUUUUGACAUUUUAAUACAUGUACAGUAAAAUUUGAUAAAGAAUCAAA